AAAGACAAAGUUCAGUGAGUUGGUGUUUGUGUGUGACCAUAGCUUUCGGGGAGUCGACCCCCAAACCGGGAAGAGAAGAGACCUCAGUGUUCCAAGUGUUGUCGUGCCAAACAGAUGCGCAAUGAUGUACCUGUCCAGAAGUAGGUGUUCAGCUACGGCCAUGCUGCUGUCAUUCUCCGCGUUCCUGUUGCUGCUCGUGACAGUCCGGGGUCAUGCCAUCCCGGGUUCCGCCCUGACCCUCGUAGAACCCCCCCAGCAAGCCAACCUGCCGUACAGUGACAGUUCCAGUGCCAGUGAACUUUAUCAACCGCAGCGCGACUCGCGACAAAUGGAUCUUGCGGAACCGCCGUACUCCGUGAGUGAAAUUAUCCGCAGCAAAAGGUGGAAACUGUCGCAAAUUGUGCCGCCCGCCGCGAGUCAGGGCCGAAGUCGGAUCAACAACAGGUCAAUGACUCCGUUGGUGGACGAGCAGGGCCGGGAGCUGCGCGAUGAAGAACUAGAGGUCAACCGACAGCUGGAGCAGGAUCAGUACGAUCGGUACGAUGUCGUCGGAGAUGAUUACAGCGACGAUGGGGAAGAGCAGACGGCCUUGCAGGUGCGACGAUCGGGAACGGUGGCGAGCACGGCGGAAGAGGACGACGAUAGCAUCUCGGGGGCGUUGGCGCGGGCGGCCCGGGGAACGGAUAUUGAGGAGUACUUUUGGAAAUAUGUCAUCGAUAGUGACAUUUCAGCCUCCCUCGAGGAUGACGACAACGACGACGACACCAACCCGGAGGCCCGUUUCAAGAAGAAGAAGAAGUUCCACCUGAAGCACAAGUACAAGAAGUUCCUGCUGCCGCUGCUGCUCGCGUACAAGCUCAAGUUCAUGAUGAUGUUCCCGGCCCUGGUCGGUGGGCUCGCGCUUCUGGUCAAGGCCGCCGGCUUGGCCGGGUUCUUCUUCGCGCUGUUUGCGUCCGUCGUGAGUCUGCAAAAGUCUCACUAAGGCCCACCCCCAGAACGCCACCUUCGAACAACCACAGCCAACAACCCUGGCCAUGGAGUAUGACCCCAAAAAAUGAGCGCUUCCCACGUCGAGGAAAAAUUGAGAUGAGUGAGGAUCGAGUGAGAGAGUGCUUGCGAGAAAAAAAAGCUUCGGUGUACGAGUUAUCAAACAUCAUUUUCCGGUGUUUCACAAAUAUGGACGAAAGAAAAAAGUCUGAUCGUGGCACGCGUAACGAGGAGCGCGAUGGGAGCGAGCUGUGAAAGAGGAGAAGAGGAGCGUCGAAGCUCACGCGACGGAGGAGAAAUGUGAGCCAGCGAGCGUGAAAUUGAGACGACCUUGAUUGUGCGAGCAGUCAGUUAGUGGCAAGAAGAAGAAGAAGAAGAAGAAGAAGCAAAAUCGCACCGUAAUGAAUGAUG